AUGUUACGCUCAGCUUUUCGCGGGAGCUUGAAGGUGGUUUCCUUGAAGCAGCUUUCCGCUAGGCAUAUGAGCAGGACUGCAAGACUGCUUGAUGCUCAAGUAUUUGCCAUGCCAGCGAUGUCUCCUACGAUGGAAAGAGGCGGGAUAGUUGAGUGGAAGUUCAAGGUCGGGGAGCCGUUCUCAGCUGGCGAUGUGAUUUUGGAGGUCGAGACGGAUAAGGCACAGAUAGACGUUGAAGCCCAGGACGAUGGUAAACUGGCAAAGAUUGUCGUUGACAAGGGAGCUAAGGAUGUACCAGUCGGGGCAACCAUUGCGUAUAUUGCUGAGAUUGACGAUGAUUUCUCGACUUUGGAAUUCCCAAAGAGCAAUGAGAAACCUCUAGAGAGUCCCGCAGAGAAGAAGAAGGAGCAAAAGCAAGCCAAAAGCAAGCCACUGAGUGCGGGAGAGAAGUCUGAUAUCCAAGGUAAUCAGCAAAACGCCAAUCCUGACCAGACGCUGCUGCCAUCUGUGGUCAUGCUCCUGGCUGAGAACGGCAUAUCGAAAGAAGAUGCGUUCAGCAAGAUCAAGGCAACGGGAAAGGACGGAAGGAUACUCAAGGGUGACGUGCUGGCUUAUCUGGGCCGAAUUUCAGCCGAUUCCGCCGUCAGGAUCGCAGAUUAUGUGAAAAGUGGAGAGCGUUUGGAUCUGUCGAACAUCGAGCUGAAAACUGAGGUGCCCAAGUCUGCCUCAGUCCCGGAAGCAGACAAAGGGAAAGAGACAAACACUACAGCUGCCGCUCAGCCAGAGCCGAUCAUUUUCAGUGAGCAGCUGAUCUUGGAGUUCCCAGGUAAAUCGCAACCCGGAGAGCUGCAGCAGUCUGUGAGGGCGUUCUUAAAGGAGGCCUACCAUUACACGCACGAGGCGCCUUUAGCCGACGCGAGAUCCGAGCACUUCGACCCGAUUUUCGAAGAUCUAAUCACGCCUGCACCAACCGCGCCAAGAUUCCGCUACACCUACCAGUUGACGUCUCUGGCCGACAAUCCCGAUUCGAAGGGCCACCGGGAUAUCUUCGACCUUCUCUCAGAGAGCACAGAUGCGAGCGCUGCCACAAAGCCGGCUUCCCCAGCCAAGCAGGAGUACGCUCUGUCCCUCAGCGUGCAAGUGAGCGACAAGUUUUACGAUGCAGAGGAGAGAUCCAAGAGAUUCGUCGAGUAUGUAAAGCAGUUGCAACUUGUAUAA